AUGAGAGGGGAGAACAUCACCAAGGUGAGCACGUUCAUCCUGCUAGGCUUCCCCACAGCCCCUGAGCUGCAGUACCUGCUCUUCCUCCUCUUCCUGCUUGCCUACCUCUUUGUGCUGGUGGAGAACCUGGCCAUCAUCCUCACUGUCUGGAGCAGCGCCUCUCUCCACAAGCCCAUGUACUACUUCCUGGGUUCCUUGUCUUUCCUAGAGAUCUGGUAUGUGUCAGACAUCAUCCCCAAGAUGCUGGACGGCUUCCUCCUACAGAGGAAACGCAUCUCUUUCGCUGGUUGCAUGACUCAGCUCUAUUUCUUCAGCUCCCUGGUGUGCACAGAGUGUGUACUCCUGGCUUCCAUGGCCUAUGACCGCUAUGUGGCCAUCUGCCAUCCCCUGCGCUACCAAGUCAUCAUGACCACAGGAUUGUGUGUCCAGCUCGUGAUCUUCUCUUUUGCUAGUGGCUUCACCAUCUCUAUGAUCAAGGUCUACUUUAUCUCCAGUGCCACCUUCUGUGGCUCCAAUGUCUUGAACCACUUCUUCUGUGACAUCUCCCCCAUCCUCAAGCUGGCCUGCACUGACUUCUCUACUGCAGAGCUGGUGGACUUUAUCCUGGCCUUCAUCAUUCUGGUGUUCCCUCUCCUGGCCACCAUUCUGUCCUAUGGACACAUCACCCUGGCUGUGCUUCGGAUCCCUUCAGCCACAGGACGGUGGAGGGCCUUCUCCACCUGUGCCUCUCACCUCACUGUGGUCACCUUCUUCUACAUGGCCAUGAUCUUCAUGUAUGUGCGGCCCCAGGCCAUCGAUUCCCGGAGCUCCAACAAGCUCAUUUCUGCUGUGUACACUGUCCUCACACCCAUGAUGAAUCCUCUGAUCUACUGUCUGAGGAACACUGAAUUUAAGGAUGCUCUGAGAAGGUCCCUGAGACUGGGUAAUACGCCUCAGUAG